AUGGCAUCCAAUUCUCAACAUAAUCAAUUUUUUGCUGAAAUUGCAGAAUCUAGUAGUGAUGAUAAUAAUGAUAAUAUGGAUAUAGAUUUAAAUAAUGAAUCAAGUGAUGAUGAUUUAGAACUUGUUCAAGCUCUUUCUUUUUAUCCUAAAACUUUAAAUCCUAAAAUUUCUCAUCAUAUUCAUCCAAAAUCAGAUGAUUGGGUUAGAAAUAUAUUAUUUAAUUUGGAUGAAACUAGAUUUAGAAGAACUUUAAGAAUGAAUAAAUCUGUUUUUUAUGCAUUAGUAAAUCAAAUCCAAAAUCAUUCUGUUUUUUAUUCUAAUGCAAAUAAUAUACAAACAGGUGUUCAUAUUCAACUUGCAGUUACAUUAUUUCGUUUAGGAUCUUUAUCAACUAUUUGGGCUAUUUCUACUCAAUUUGGUAUUGCUGAAGGUACUGUACAUUUAUUUAUAGAUAGAGUAACUACUGCUAUAAGAUCAUUAAGAUUAGAAUAUAUUAAAUGGCCACAAGGAGAUUAUAAAAAAGAAGUUCAUGAAGGGUUUCAACAAAUGCAAGAAUUUCCUUUAGUUAUUGGAGCAAUUGAUGGUUCACAUAUACCUUUUUUACAAGCACCUGAUAGAAUUAAUAAAGAUGUAUAUUUUUCUAGAAAACAUCAAUAUGGAAUUCAUCUUCAAGGAAUAGUUGAUCAUAAAGGUCUUUUUAUUAAUUAUGAUAUUGGAUGGCCUGCUUCUGUACAUGAUGCAAAAGUAUUUCAAAAUUCAAAUAUUUAUAAAGAACCAACUAUUUUUUUUGAAGGAGAAGAAUAUCUUUUAGGAGAUUCAGCAUAUCCUUUACUUCCUUUUGUCAUGACACCAUUUAAAGCUCCAAAUGGACUUCAAAAAAAUCAACAAAUAAAUUAUAAUAUUAAACAUAGCAAAACUAGAGUUGUAGUUGAACAAGCAUUUGGACGUUUAAAGGCAAGAUUUUUAUUUUUAAGAGCAAUGAAAGUUAGAGAUCCACCUAAAGGAGUAGAAAUUAUUGAAACAGCAUUAAUUAUUCACAAUUUUAUAGAAAAAAAUGGAGAUAUAUGGGGACAAAUGGGUUAUAAUGAUGACAGAAUUGAGAUUCAACCUGAAGAAGAUUCUGAAUUAUUUGAUCAAAUUUUAGAUGAAACAAAUUUAGCUCAAAAAGAAUAUGCUAAAAUAAAACGGCAAAAUUUAUUAGAACUAGUUUCAUAG